CAAUGAUCCGUGAUGCGUACUACCGAUGAAGCAUUUCUCAAGACGUUUUCUGGAACAUCUGCUUGUUUCACGUCGUCAAUAUCUUCAGCAAUAUUCACAUCAUUAUUCGUGGAGACGACUCGCAAAACACUCCAAAAGCAUACUCGUCUAUCUCCCACCAACCAUGCACGAACCCCAUAUAACAAACCAGCUGAUAUGCAGCCUUGAGGAUCUCUGGAUGAAAGUCUCCCACCCCCGGUCCAACCAAAGGCCAGAUGGAGAUCGAGUCUCGCCUCAUGCUCUGGGAUCCCCUGCCGAAGAUCGAUCGCUGCGGAUCCUGAGAAUGGAUGCUUCGUCUGUGCUUUUUACCCUUCAAUAGGAUCAACGUUAUUAGUUGGGCGCAGGCAUCAGGAUCCGCAAGAUCUGAAGGCUUAGCGGCGAUGUUGUGUUGGAUAUUCACAGAAUUAUCGCCAUGGGGGAUUUGUGGAAAGGACCGAACUUUAUCGAAGUCGACGCUGGCGAAAAUGACAUGAACAUUGCGAGCAUCGCCUGGGGAAUCUCGCUCGGAGUCGGACUGUUCACGUUCGCCAAAGGGAUGCGGCAAACUAUCAAAUCAUGGAGGAGAGGACGCAGGAUGAAUCACUACAUCAUCUUAUUAUGGCUCGAAUGGACGAGCAGCUGCAUUAUGAGCGCUGUCACUUGGUGCUAUCUACGAAAUUACAUCCCCGGCGGGUUUCCGGUUUUCUUUACUCUAAUUUUUCUUUGGUGUAUCCAACUUCAAGCGCUAAUUCAAAUCAUCAUCAACCGAAUCGCGAUCCUCAUGGUCAACCGACAAAAUGCCAAGCGACUCAAGAUAUACUCCUUCCUCAUCAUCUUAUGCAUCAACAUCAGCGUCUUCACGAUUUGGAUUCCAGCUCGGCUGCAAGUUAACAAGACAUGGAUUGACAUCAACAAAGUCUGGGAUAGAAUCGAGAAGGUCAUCUUUUUAGUGGUUGAUGCAGGACUCAAUCUGUACUUUAUCCACCUCGUGCGAUCGAGGCUCAUUGCCAACGGCCUGACCAAGUACACUCGACUGUUUCGUUUCAACUUGGGCAUGAUCGCUGUAUCGAUGACUAUGGAUAUCCUUCUCAUCGCAAUGAUGUCCCUGCCAAACGACAUUGUUUACGUUCAGUUCCAUCCUCUAGCCUACCUAGUCAAGCUCCACAUCGAAAUGAACAUGGCCGACCUCAUCAUCAAAGUUGUCAAGGCCAGCAACAACAGCGACUAUCCCGACUACUCCGGUUCCAGAUCACACAGCACUCAAAAGAAGAGCUCAAAGCAGACAGGCAAGAGCAAAGUGCCAUCAGCAAUGUUUGUUGGCGGUAACACCACGUUUAUCGAAGCGAAUACGGACGAUAUAGAGCUGGUAGAUCGAUUAGAGGGAGGCAUUCAGAAAACCACACGGACGGAGGUUGUUGUUAAGCAGACGAGGAGGUCCGAGUAUGAUGAUGUGGCCAGCGAUACUGGGUCAACGAGGCAGCUGCAAAGAGAACAUUUUACCGUGUGAAAGGCUGCCGAGUGAGACAUACCAAAUUUGAGAUGCCGAGAUGUACAACUGAGUAUGGAAGAGCUCGCAAGCCAUAAUGCUUGCUGCAUCUUGGCCAGGAGAGACUAUACACGAUACCCCUUCUUUUGUUUGACAAAGCCAUCAUAAUAAUACAACAGAAACGCGAUAGGGAACUAGAAUUGUAUAAUGCCCUACCUAGUUCAUGUACUUUGCAAACCACUCCAAG